UCCCCCUUUCUGCUUCAUAUAAACAACCUCUUUCACUUCAUUGUUCCCAAAACUCUUGCUUCUUCUUCUAUUCUAUCAUAUAACUUGCUAGCUCCUCCCUUAUAGCCAUUGUCAGUUCAGCUCUCACAAAACAAUGGAAGCUAGGAGUAUUGAGAGGAAGAGAACAUUGAUGAUGGAAAAGAUGAGAAGGAACAACAUGGUGGAAGAAGAAAUGGAAAAUGAAGUAGAAGAGGAGGAGGGUGAUGUUAGUCUGACUGAAGAAGAGAAGAAGAAAGGGGUCGGUGGCGGGAGAAGAGGAGGUGGCGGCGGUGUUUCUCCACCCUGUUGCCAAGCAGAGAGGUGUGGAGCUGAUUUGACUGAUGCAAAGAGAUAUCAUCGCCGCCAUAAAGUGUGCGAGUUUCAUUCCAAGGCACCUGUUGUGGUGGUUGCAGGGAUGAGGCAGAGGUUUUGUCAACAAUGUAGCAGGUUCCAUGACUUGGUAGAGUUUGAUGAGUCUAAAAGAAGCUGCCGCAGGCGGUUGGCUGGACACAAUGAACGGCGCCGGAAAACCAACCCGGAAACUGCCAAUGAGGGAAGCAGUCACAGCAAAGGACAACAUCAACCUAAGGAAACUCAAUGCAGGAUUCAGAUGAACUUACCAGGCAGUUCUGGCUAUAAGUCCUUCAACAUUAGAUGAAGCUAAAAUGUUCGGUUCAGUUCAGUUCAGUUCAGCCAGCUCUCUCUCUUCUGUCACCUUCUGGUUUCUUACGGUCCAAGGCAUAGAAUAAAGAUCCUUUGUAUGUUCAUCACAACAAGAACCUAAUUACCAACCAAAUAUCCUACAUCUAAAAGGUCAUAAGUGAGUUCCUUUUAUUUUCUGUUUGUCUUUAUCGCAAGUAUCCUUAUUAAAGCAGCUUUGAAUGUUGUAAACCUAUUUUCCACUCCAAAAGAAUAAAAAGCUACGGCUUCUUUAGUGUAAA